AUGGACAACCGCAUCUCGCCCACCGAGGCCCUCCGCGGCUCCAUCCAAUACUGGAACGACUUCAUCUCCAAAUGCCUGACGAAGCGCCUCGACGCCGGCCCCUUUGAGGACUACGUCAAGCUUGUCUUCGCCAAGCAUCAGCUCACCCCUGACAUCAUCGCCGACUUCUUCCUGCAGCCGCAAAAGUCCAAUUGCGUCAGCCCCGAUCCGCGAAUCCCUCCAUACAUCUCCGUGCUUACCCAACUACGAUACAUCGAUGCGGCGUCCAUCCUCCGAGCUCUCUAUAGAUAUUCGUCGCUGCAUUCUCUGACACCACAACAGGCGCAGGAGUCAGCAAAAGAGCAGGGACAGGAACAGGAACAAGCACAAGCACAGCAAGAUGGCGAGACUAAGAAACAUCGCCGCUCGUCAUCCCAAACUCUCUGGAAGAGCUCAUCAUGGCUCGAAGAGGUCAUGUUCUACCAUGUGAUACGGCUUGUGGUGGAAGGAACUGCUCUCAAGGACUCUCGUACGGCGUUGGAGCUCAUGCACAUCAUCUCAAAAUGGAUGUCCUUGUUCUCCGCCGCGUCGAAUCCUCUGGGUGCCGACAUGCUCGCAGGCGGCUUGCAAGAUCCGCAGGUUCGCCACGAGAUGGAGGUCUCGCGGGCUGCCUUUGUCCCUCUAUUGCUUCGCCUCGUCGAUAACCCGGCUCUUGUUAAGGCCAUUAGCCACCCGGCUGUUAAAGAGCCCCGAAAGCAGUUCUCAGAGAGCCUUACAUCUUUUGUGCAAAUCUUUCAACCUGUCCCGCAGUUCGUUGAGAAGCUUGAAAUGUUUAGGACAGAAGUCCUUGCUCCAUUGGACCCGAUAGACAAGAACAACCAAGCUGCCAAUGCUGCCAUGGACGACCUACUAGACUCUACGGUUGGCUUGGAUAGCCUGGUGAUCCCGGACCUGCCCAUAUCUAAUACACGGGCAGGCCUAUAUAUAUACCUUGGUGCUUCUCUCGGAAAUACUCAACAAAGUGCAAUUGAUUUAAUACUGGCAUCUUUCGACUUGCUUGCAAACGCCGUCUUCAGAAAUGAAGGACCUAGGGACGCCCACCUAUUACGGUCCUUCUUGAUCAAUAAGGUGCCUCUGAUCCUCGCCCAGCUUUGCCCUCCCGGGUUUUCAACAUCUGCCGAGUUUUGUAUAACUGAGGCCCUUUCUCAAGUCGACACUAGCGUGUUUCCUACCGCAUCACUCAUGUUUGAUGAAUCGCGCAAUAACAACCCGUACACAGAGAGUGUUCGGGAAGAGUUUUGUUCGGCUUGUGCCCUCCACGGGCUUAUAGAGCGCGAGCACGUCGAGCGGAUCCUAGGAGAAAGCUCAAUGUCAUAUGAGCCCUCUCAAGAAAAAUAUUCCAAAGAAAAAUUGGUUCAGAGCUGCCUGUCUGACCCGGACAAGAUACAAGCGCUGAUUCGUGACAUGGAUAAGAUGGAUGGCAAUGUAGGAGCGGUGUGCCAGGCGCUUGUCGAGUUAUUGCGGCAACUAUGCAACAGCAAGGAAACAAUGUCCCUGAAGAUCCUCUGCAGCCAAUUAGUUCAGAAGCCCCAAUCUCUGGACGUACUCCUCUUGUUCGAGAAACUGCCAAUUGUUUUGGAGCCUAUAUGCCAGCUUUUGGACGGUUGGCGAUAUGACGAGGACCAAGGCGAAUAUCAGCCCGUCUACGAAGAAUUUGGCGCCAUCCUGCUCCUGGUGCUGGCGUUUGCCUACCGAUAUGGCCUGUCUCCCGCAGACAUUGGCAUCAUGUCACCGGAUUCGAACGUUGCCAAAAUCAUCAGCCGGGCUCAUAUCAGCGUCUGUUGGGAUCAGAUAUCGGAGCAGGAGAACGGACAUCUCAGUGGAUGGAUCCACGGGCUUUUCGACAGCGAUGCGGGAGGUCUAGGCGAUGACUUGAUGUCGUCUUGUCCGCCUGCAGAAUUUUACCUCCUCAUUGCGACGCUGUUUGAAAACAUUGUCAUUGCAUAUAGUCAGGGCGCUCUAACCGAUGACGCCCUUAGGUCGGGUAUAGAAUAUCUGGUUGACACGUUUCUACUUCCAUCGCUGAUUCCGGCGAUCCGAUUCUUGUCCGACUACCUCUGGAUAGAACAGAGGGAGCAGAAGUCCAUUAUUAAAAUCCUGCAGCUCAUCCUGCUGCCUACCUCUAUUUCCGGCGAAGCUAGCACCAUGCUUGCUGCGGUAAAGGGAAUAGUUGCUAAACCCUUGGAGCACUCACUACGAGCAUACCAACGACAAGAUCCCAAGAACCAGGACAUUGAGCCACUGCUGAGGGCUCUGAAGGAUAGCCUGCCCCUUUCUAGGAGAACGGGGGCUGCUGAGCAUCAGGAGCUGGAGAUGUGGGCAACCAGUUCCAGCAGCGGCCUAUCGGGGGCCACCAAACACCUGAUACAGGCCCUCGUCCAGUGGUGCACACAUCCAGAAAUGACGGCCAUGCCAACCUCGUAUACGCACCGGCAGAUUAUUGCCACGCUCAAGAUUGUGGGCGCAUGCAGGCUUCUACGGGUCAUGCUGGAGGAAAUUCGCCAGCAAAUGCUGACGGGCAGCGGAAGUGUUGUUUACGAUGUGGUCACGGCACUGGUUUGCGCUCCAAACGUAAGCAAUGAUAUCCCACCGACCAGUGUAUUAUUGGAUGAAGGAGGCAACAUACCGCCACCGCUGCAGCGACGACUCACUCUCCGGGAAGUCUUAAAGAUGGAGGCCGAGGACUAUCGGAAAUUGCACAAGAAGGAUGCCGAGCUGGCAGAAAUCAUGGUUCGCCUUUACCGGAGAGUGGAGGCACAGAUGGUGCUGCCACCGCCGCCAAUGCUGCAGGCGGCCGAUAUGCAGCUGGACCUGGCUGGUGACGCCGCGAGCUUGGUGGGAGAUUCCAUGGCUGCGGCUGCUGGAGUCCAGGGCGAUGGCACGCUCUCAAUGGACGGUGUGGGCGGCCUGGAUAUGGGCAUGGGCGGUGUUUCGUCUGAUUUGGGUCUGGGGACGUCUGGUAACAAUGGCGGACUGGACGCAUCGGCAGAGGCAGAUUUGUUUGGCAGUCUCGACACUGACAUGGACGUGUUUGAUGGAUGGGGCGGGAUGGAGCUUGGAGGGCCGUGA